UCUAUUAAUCAUCGAAUCAUUAUUAGAUGAUUCAAAUUGACUUUACAUUGAAUUUUUUCAUUUAUUUUUCCCAGUUAGUUUGAUCAUUCCUAAUCAUAAUCCACUGUAGAUUGAUUGAUCAUCAAGAUGACUGUAUCGAAUUUAUCGAAUCAAUUAAUCGUACCGAUAACAUUAUGGGGAUCAAAAUCACCCACACACUGUGUUUCGGCCAUUAUUAUGACCGAAGAUUUUCAUACAAUCAUUACCGGUUGUAAUGAUGGACAGAUUUGUAUCUGGGAUUAUUCACCCGAUAAUGAUUUGUUGACACCUAGAAGUUUAUUAUUUGGACAUUCAUUAGCUGUACUAUGUUUGGCUAAUGGAAAACAACAAGGUGACAUUAUGCACUUUGUAAGCUCAUCAGAAUCUGGUGAAAUGUCAUUAUGGGAUCUUUCCGAUGGACGAUGUAUCGAAACGGUUAAACAUCAGAAUAUUCAUACAAACAUUCAGACCUAUGUAAUGAAUAAUGAUGAAGUACGAUUCUUUUGCAAUGGUUAUUAUUCUGAAAUAUUAAUCAUUGAUGGUCUAACGUUGGAAACAUUGUUUUCAUUGAAUUCGAAAUUAAACCCUGAUUGGAUUUCUGCCAUUCACGUACUUCGUUCGCCUAAAACUCAAGAUGACGUAAUAAUCGGCCUUUCUAUUGCUGGUAUAAUGAAAGUAUGGACAUUAGGUGGCCAUGAAAAACGAUCAUUAGAACCAAUCUAUGAGAAUGAAUCGAAACCGAUCCGUUGUGUCAAUGCUACACAGCUUACCUGUUGUACUUAUAAUCAAAGAACUUUAUUAAUCAUUUCAACCAAAUAUUGGCAAAUCUAUGAUGUUGGUGAUUUUGCCCAAUUAUGUUCUGUAGAAAAUAAUCGUGGUGAACGUUGGCAAGGUGGCCAAUUUCUUUCCACUGAUCGUGUUAUCAUUUGGAAUGAUAUGGGCAAAUCAUUUCUUUAUAAAUUGCCUGUAAAUAAACUUAAAGGCAAAGCUAUAAAGAGCUGCGUUCCUGGUAAUAAUGAAUUCCAUAAUCUUAACACGACCAAUCAACCAAUUCUAUAUGCAACAUUAAUGGUGAAAAAUGAUAAAUCACGAUUACUAUGUCCACCUGCCAUUGCAUUCUAUAAUCUUGUCACCAAAUUGAAUGAUGAUAAUUCAAACAUUCCAAAAAUGGUAUUAUGUGGUGAUUCUUAUGGUCGUGUUUCAAUCUGGAAAUUGAAUGAUUAUUUGGACAAUUCUGUACAACAAAAUGUUCCGGAAAUUGAACCAAAUGUUUCCUAUUCACUAUCAACUGCUUGGAAAGAGUUAAGAGAUUUACCAUGUGGUAUCAUUGAUACAUUGCUAAAGAAAAUCGAUGAUCAUUCAAUUAGCUACAAAAUAACAGCAUCCGUUUACAUACCUGCAUUGGGUCGUUUAGUCUGUGGACGUGAAGAUGGUUCGAUUAUAAUUGUAUCGGCCAAUCAGACCAUUAUGUUACAAUUGUUACUUGGCCGUCAUUUAGCCUAUGAAGAUUGGCCUCAUCAUCAGGUUCUUUGUGGCCAUUCAGGUCGUGUCAAUACGUUAUUGUAUCCACAUCAUCUUGAAGAACGUUAUGAAGCUGCCCAUCUUGUUUCAGGUGGUGUAGAUUUUUCCGUCUGUUUGUGGGAUAUUUUCAAUGGCUCCUUACUGCAUCGUUUCCCAGUUCAUGCAGGUGAAAUUACUCAGCUAUUUGCACCACCAAAAGAUUGUAAUCCACGUGUAUUAAAUUGUGUAUGUUCGGUGGCAUCCGAUCAUUCGGUAGCUUUAUUAUCAUUGAAAGAACGUCGUUGCCUAAUGCUUGCUAGUCGUCAUUUAUUUCCAAUAACAACGAUAAAAUGGCGUGCUAGCGAUGAUUUUCUAGUUGUUGGCUGUAUUGAUGGAUCGGUUUAUUUAUGGCAAAUGGAAACUGGUCAUCUGGAUCGUGUUCUUCAUGGAAUGGCCGCCGAAGAAGUACUAAAUUCUUGUGAUGGAGCUUCCAUGAAUACGGUGGGCGAUCGUUUCGUUAAUCCUGCCGUUCAUUUAUUCCGUGGCCUAAGACAUCGAAAUCUUGCCGCCAUAAAACAAGCAGCCGUUCGUGGUCUACAUAAUAUAAGUGAACAUCUACAAAAACAGCGACAAGAUGUAAUUGAUGCAUCAAUUCGAUCACGAACGAAUCCAUUGCUGAUACAAGGAUUGCGUACAAAUCCAAAAGAUCAAGAAAGCCAUAUAUUAUUUUUUGAUGUUGAAGCUUUAAUUGUACAAUUAUUAAGCGAAGAAUAUGAUUUAUUAUCGCCUAAUACGAUGGAAUCAACUGGAUUAACAUCAAAUAUUGAAUAUAAACGUUUCUCCGAAUUGGCAUGUUCAACUGAAUCGAAUAAACUUUCAGGUUUAUUGGCUAAAAUGAAAGACACAGCCGAAAGUGCUGCACAAAAAAUUCAAGCAAAAGCUGAAUCAGUUGGUUUUAAAAAUGUUUCCGGAGAUAUAAGUGUUGGUUUUUAUCGUCGAAAUUCUGCCGCAUCAUCAGCAUCUGGUGGUGAUGGUAGCGAUCAUUCCAGCCGAUUAGAUCAUCCAACCAAAUUAAACAAUCUCUAUAGUAGUGAUGAUCAUAUGCCUAUGGAAAUUGCUCGAUUACUUUUAUCAUUACUUCAUGCAUGGGGCUUAGAUUCGGAUCUGGAUAAAGUUUGUGAAUCAAAACUUGGCCUUUUAAGGCCAUUACGGCCCGUUUGUUUUGGAAUGAUCUCGAAAGGUGGCCAUAUGUCAUUAUUAUUGCCAACAUAUUUGAAUAAAUUGGCAGAAAAAUCGAAAGCAAAUAAUGUUUCAACAAUAUCAAAAAUGCCUGUGACAUCUCAACAACGAACUAAUCAGUCAUUAGUUCGAACAAAGAGUGUUAAAAUUGCAUCAACAUUACCGGUAGAAUUGCAAAUCUGUGAAGAAAUGGCACGACAAUUCACGUCACGUUUUCAUUGGGAAUUAUCCACAUCUAUAACCACUAAUCAUCUUUUAUCUGUCAUUUCAUUAACAAAUACAUUCAUGAUAAUGGCUAAUGCUUCGUUUUCAUCAUCUAAAUUUGAAUCUAAUCGACGACGAUUGAUUCGAAAACUUAGUCGACAGAAUAGCUCUACUGCUGGCAGUGGUAAUACUCCAAUCAAAGAACCAACUGUUGUUGAGAAUGAAAAUGAUACAAAAGUCCGACAGCAACAAAUUCAUGAUGCAUGGCAAUUGAUCGGUGCAUUACAUUGUGUUCUUUUGCCCGAUCUGAUAAAAUCGCCUCAUCUUAAACGAUCAUUAGUCGAUCUAUUAGCGAGACGUUGGCAAGAUCGUUGUAUUGAAAUUCGUCAAGCUGCACAAGAUUUACUUUUAUCCGAACUGAAAUCAAUAGGAUCAAAAGGUCGUCGAUUGAUUGUGGAAGAAUGGUCACAUUAUCUACCCAGUUAUGAUGAUAGAUUACCUGAUUCUCACAUGUCAUCAAAUUUGGUUCAUAAUAAUAUCACUACAAACACCACAGUAACUGGUUCGCAUAAUAUUCAAGCUCAUUAUAAUGCUCAUGCUGCUGCUAGUCCAUCUACUCCUUUGUCGGAUACUUAUCAUCAUCAUAUGUCAAACACUAAUAAUAAUCAUCAAUUGAAUGAAUAUUCCGACGCUGAAGAAGGUGAUGAUGGCGCUGAUGAUGAUAAUGAUGAUGGAGAUGAUCUUCAAACACCGGGUCAUUCGGGUACAAUUAAAUUCAGUACAUCUGGUUCGGAAGGUCGUCGACGACAAGCAACUGCUAUUGUUUUGAUGGGCGUAAUUGGUUCUGUUUAUGGAAGUGAAAUCGAAUCAAACAAAACAACGACGACCGCAACCACAUCAAAUCGUUUGGAUCCAAAUGGUUUGCAACCAUCACAACCGGUUCGUCGACGUUCGGUUAUCGAGGGAUUUGGUGGCGGUGGAAAUUAUAACUUGGCCAGAAAGACAAGCAAAGCAUUAUCAUAUCUGUUGUUAGCUCCAACAUCAAAUUCCUUACCCUAUCAUACAUCAUUACGAAGGGCUGCUAUUGAUUUGAUUGGUCGUGGUUUUGUCGUAUGGGAACCAUAUCUUGAUGUAUCAAAAAUAUUGCUUGCUUUGUUGGAAUUUUGUUGCAGUACCGAUACCGAACAAUCGAUGGUGCCAAGUCUUAAAUUCGGUCUACCAUUAACACCGGCCGCUGAUUCAGCACGUACAGCACGUUAUGCCCUUCAAAUGAUUGCCGAAGCACGACCGGCAGCAUUCAUAACUACAUUGGCCAAAGAAGUUACCCGUUACAAUACAUUACAACAGCAACAACAAGCAUCAUUGAAUAUCAUUCCACAUCAAACCGUACUGUAUCGUUCUCGUCCGGAAAUUUUACGUAAUCUUGAAUUGUUAAUUAAUGAUCAUGAAAAAGAUGUUUAUGACUUGAUAAUUGAAACGGCCGAUAUUGUUCUCUAUUCAUUGGAUCAAAAUGCUCUUCGAAACAAAGGACUUGGUGAAAUGUUUCCUGCUUUAACACGAUUCCAAAAUGUUACCUAUUGUUUAUCAUCUAAACGUGUUGCCGUUGGUUCAAGAACCGGUAAUCUGGCCAUUUAUGAAUUGAAAACAGGAAAAUCGCAAUUAAUACAAGCACAUAAUGGAUUAAUUACUUGUUGUGCUUUCUCGCCGGAUGGAAAAUAUCUUGCAUCAUAUUGUUGUUCAGAGAAUAAGAUUUCAUUCUGGCUAACGCAAGCAGUAGGUUUGUUUGGCCUUGGUAAUGCCCAAACCAAAUGUGUAAAAUCACAAUCAUGUCCACCAAUGUCCGAACCGGUAAGAUCAUUAGGACCAUUAAAAUCGGCUAAACUAGUCUGGGUAUCAAGUAAAUUAGUCAUAUUACUAUUUGCCGAUGGUAAAGAACAUCGUUUCUGUACCUAAUUUUGACCUAAUUAUUAUCAAUUUUUAUCAUCAAUUUUACAUUCGAUAUACAAACAAAGUCGAAUAGUUUGCAUGUUUACCUGGUGUUUAUCGUUUGUUUGUUUGUUUGUUUUUUUUGUUUUGUUUUGUUCUAUUUGUUUAAUUUUAUCAUCAUUUAUCAUUAUC